AUGGCUCUAGGACGCCAUAGCCCAGAGACAUUGGACCCAAACAGGGCAACUCUGGUGCCUGUGACCCACACGGACUUCUGGAGCAGCCAGUCCUCUCUGGAAACCUCAAGAGGCCUUUGGGAGGAUACAGGGAGCCAGUGCCCAGGUUGCAGACACGAACACUGCGACCUCCUCUGGAGGGGUGUAUCCUACUCAGUACAUGUAUCUGAAGAUUACCCAGAUAAUACAUAUGUGUCAAGUUCAGAAAAUGAUGAAGAUGUGUUAGUAACUACAGAGCCAAUUCCUGUAAUUUUUCAUAGAAUAGCAACAGAAUUACGAAAAACAAAUGAUAUUAACUGUUGUUUAUCUAUAAAGUCCAAAUUGCAAAAGGAAAAUGGAGAGGAGUCUAGACAAAACAGCACAGUGGAAGAAGAUUCCGAAGGAGACAAUGAUUCUGAGGAAUUUUAUUAUGGAGGACAGGUGAACUAUGAUGGGGAACUGCACAAGCACCCACAGCUGGAAGCUGAUUUGUCGGCAGUGAGAGAGAUAUAUGGGCCACAUGCCGUUUCUCUCAGGGAAUAUGGAGCCAUCGAUGAUGUAGACAUUGAUUUGCAUAUUGACGUCAGUUUUCUUGAUGAGGAGAUUGCUGUGGCAUGGGAAGUAAUUUGAACAGAACCAAUAAUUGUCCGACUACACUGUUCCCUUACCCAAUACUUAAAUGGCCCAGUACCCACUGUUGAUGUCUUUCAGAUUUCUACAAAAGAACGAUUUGGAUUGGGACAUCAGCUAAAAAAAAUCAUGCAGACAUUUGUUACACAGCAGUGGAAACAGAGCAAAGAAAAGUCCAAUUGCCUGCACAACAAGAAGUUGUCAGAGAAGAAGGUGAAGUCUCCCCUGCAUUUAUUUUCUACCUUGCGCAGGUCGCCAAGUUAUCCUCCCCCUGGUUGUGGCAAAAACAAAUCCAAACUGAAACCUGAGCAAGACGGCAUCUCCAAAACACACAAGCUGCUCCGGAGGACUUGCUCCAGCACGGUAAAGGCUGAGGAUGUGUGCACCAAGUCACACAGGGCCUUUGGUCGCUCCCUGUCCAGCGACCCCAGGGCCGAGCAGGCGAUGACAACUAUUAAGUUGCAUAAACUCUUGAACCGUCCCUGCCCUGUGGCUGUUAAGCAGGAGGACUGCCUCACUCUAAAGUCACAUAAACUAUUGACUAGAUCUUGUUCUGGAGACCCAAGGUGCGAGCACAACACCAACGUGAAGCCCCACAAACUGUUAAGCAGAUCCUACUCCAGUAAUCUUAGAAUGGAAGAGUUAUACGGGCUGAAAAACCACAAACUGCUCAGCAAGUCCUACUCCAGUACCCCCAAGUCAUCCAAAACCGAGCUUUUCAAGGAACCUAAUGCAGAGGGCAGGAGGCUCUCUCUUACCUCAGGGCUAAUUGGUAUCUUAACACCAUCUUCAUCUUCAUCUUCCCAGCCUGCUCCAAAUGGUGCAAAAUGCAUUCCAAUACGAGACCGCGGCUUCUUAGUGCAGACGAUUGAGUUUGCUGAACAGCGGAUCCCUGUAUUGAAUGAAUACUGUGUGGUUUGUGAUGAACCACAUGUGUUUCAAAAUGGCCCCAUGCUUAGGCCCACAGUGUGUGAGCGAGAGUUGUGUGUAUUUGCAUUUCAAACUCUGGGAGUAAUGAAUGAAGCUGCCGAUGAAAUAGCAACUGGAGCUCAGGUGGUAGAUCUCCUCGUGUCCAUGUGUAGAUCUGCAUUGGAAUCUCCUAGAAAAGUUGUCAUUUUUGAGCCAUAUCCAUCUGUGGUAGAUCCUAAUGACCCCCAGAUGCUGGCCUUCAAUCCCAGGAAAAAGAACUAUGAUCAAGUAAUGAAAGCACUGGAUAGCAUAACUUCUAUCAGAGAAUGACACAAGUAAGCACCAUAUCUGGAAAUCAAGAAGCAGAUGGAUAAACAGGACCCCCUUGCUCAUCCCUUACUGCAAUGGGUUAUUUCAAGUAAUAGGUCACAUAUUGUGAAACUGCCAGUUAACAGGCAACUGAAGUUUAUGCAUACUCCACAUCAAUUCCUUCUCCUCAGCAGUCCACCAGCCAAAGAAUCCAAUUUUAGAGCUGCUAAAAAACUCUUUGGAAGCACCUUUGCAUUUCAUGGCUCACACAUUGAAAACUGGCACUCCAUCCUGAGGAAUGGUCUGGUUGUUGCCUCUAAUACACGUCUGCAGCUCCAUGGUGCAAUGUAUGGAAGUGGAAUCUAUCUUAGUCCAAUGUCAAGCAUAUCAUUUGGUUACUCAGGGAUGAACAAGAAGCAGAAGGUGUCAGCCAAGGACGAGCCAGCUUCAAGCAGUAAAAACAGCAAUGCAUCACAGUCACAGAAAAAAGGACAACAAUCCCAAUUCCUGCAAAGCCGUAACUUGAAGUGCAUAGCCUUAUGUGAAGUGAUCACUUCGCCUGACCUGCACAAACAUGGAGAGAUAUGGGUCGUCCCAAAUACAGACCAUGUCUGCACACGAUUCUUUUUUGUCUAUGAAGACGGCCAAGUCGGGGAUGCAAAUAUCAAUACACAGGAAGGGGGCAUUCACAAAGAGAUCCUCCGAGUAAUCGGUAACCAAACUGCUACUGGUUAAAGGAUCACCAUAAUUAACAUGAUUUGAAAGCCUUCCUCGGGUUCAAAGCUGGAUUUUGAACAGAAGAAGAUGAUAAAAUAAUUUAUUGUUAUUAUAUAAACAAAAUUAAUCCUUUGAAUACUGAUUUUUUUUUCUUAGUAUUUCUAAGUAUCUCAGUAAAUACCUAAAGUGGUAUAAGUCUUAUCGAUUGUAGGGUUAUGGACUCUAGUAAUAAAAUUAAAACAGCAACUAAAGUGGCAUCUGGGUUGCAUACACAAUAAACAGAUUGAAAACAUGGCAUUGUGCUGAUAUUUUUAUAUUAAAUUCUUUAAUUGGACAUUUGGUAUUAUAUACUGACAUUUUAAGUUAAUGAAAUACACUUGAGAACAUUUUAUAAUGGCUUUCAAAUCUAUCAGAUACUGUGUAGGAUGUGUGGUAUCUGCACAUUCUAAUGUGCUAUAGGAUUAGUGGUAUGAACAUUCAAAUGUUGUGGGAGGGAUAUUUCCUGUUUUCCUGUUUUUCCUUAAAAAAAAUUAGGUCCUAAAAGCAGUGCUUUGCCAAAAAUUAUGUAAUAUAUGUCUCUGUAGAUUCAUGCAUCAGGAUGUGUUUUGCCCAUGUGUGUGUGUUCAUACAUGUGUUUUUGGACAGCAGAGAUGUCAUAGCUGCACCAUUCUAUCAUCCCAUAAAAAGAAGGUUAUUCCGUAAGUAGUAAAUCUGGACAUAAAUCAAAACAGCCAAAUUUACCAUGAUUUAUCACAAAACAUGUUUUUAGAUAGUUUUUCGUUUGGUUUAUUGAAAGGUUCCAUUUAUUAAAAUUUAACUCAUUUAAGGGGAACAUAGCUAUGCCCUGGUGGACUAAAUCUUUAUUUGAUGAUCUUGUGUUUAGAAGAAAAGUCUCAGAAUUGAAAGAAACAAUAUAUGCUUUUUAUUUCCUAAAAUAGAACAUUUUAAAGGUUCAUUUAUACCACACCAGCAUUUAUAUAUUUUUUCAUCUAAUACCUCUGCUUAUUUUUUUCAUAUUGAGAAAGAAGACAAACUUUGAAGUUUCUUUUAUAUUAAAAGAACACAAAUAAGUUGAUAGAGAACAGUAACACCAGCUCUCAGCAUUUCCCUUUUAAGAGUCACAAGCUAAUCAAAAGCAUUUCUGUUUCUUUGGGUCCUAGAGUUUUGUAUUCAUUCCAAGUUUUUAACUGAUAGUGUUUGUUUUCCUACAUGAUGGAUGUCUUUGGAUUCAGGCCAUUUGUGAAAGCAGUUUAAUUAGUGAGUCUGCCACCGUUCAAACCCUGAGUCGAGGCUCAUAUCUGAUUUUAAUUUAUGUAGAAAGAAAAUGACUACAAGUGUAUAGUCAUUUGCAAGUAUAAUGUGAUCAUUUCUGUGUUUAUUUCUUUGUCUGGCAUAACGAGCGAGAAAAAAGGUCAUACAUAAUGUCAAGGGUUGCAGUUUAGGAAGUAUUUACUAAUCAUUCGUUUUUCUUAUACUGUAAAUAAGUGAUAUGCCACUUAUUCUGCAAAAAAUAGACUUGAAGAGGUUGAGAUACUAAUCAUUUUGUUAGUAUCUACUUAAAACAUUGGUUUCAUUUUGACUUGAGCCUCUAACUCAGGACCAGACUGAAGAAUAAUGUUAACAUGUCAAGGCCAAUUUUGUGUUCUUUGGCCAGUGAUUGUUAGACUUUAUGUGGGACAAGAGUAUCCCUUGCUUCAUCCACCAAGACUCCCCAAGUUUCAUAAAUCAUUGUGACUAUGCUUUAGAAAACUAUUUAGGCAGCAAAAAUUUUUUUAAUUGUCUGGGACAUUCUGUACAUGCCAUAAAUAAGAAGAUACAAUACCAGGAUCUGAGAGUGAACAGUGUUAGAACCCCACUCCUCAGGCCACUAGGAUGGCUGAGGUAACUUCCAGAAACUCCCAGCCUAAUUGAAAAGCCACUAACCUAGUCAAUUAUGACAUUUUGAUUUCAGUGAUCUGUAGGGAAUAUAGUCCUAGACUGACCUGGAAGAGUAACUUAGAGACAAAGGAGAUUAUUUAGAGGAGGAACAACUGGCAUAACAUAUAAAAACUUCUACUGCCAAUUUAAGGAAAAUGUACAUGUACCUAUCUGAGAAAGGAAAGUAGCUGUUAGGUUAGUGCCCAUUAAAUAUAACAAAGCAAUAGACAUUUUUUUUGAUGAUUAAAUAAAAUACCUUGUAAUGAUCACUAAUUGAGUUGUAUUACAACAUAUAAUGACAGAAUUUGUUUCCAAAAAUAAUGUAAAAGCUUUUGUAAGCAGAUAGUCUUAGACGAGCCAAUCUUUUUUUUUUUGAACUUUUUGAAGUU